CUCGCUCUCUACCUGGGCAGCCUACUGCCGACUACCUCAUUACGGAUACAGGAGGGUUAGUCCCGCAGUAACGUUAGCGAGUGGAUCAAUUACACAUGCUAGUCUGCGCUGUAUCAGCAACCACGCAGAGACAAGUGAACGCGUAAGGAAAACGUUUGGUGUGACCAUGGCGACUCCAGACGAUCUGAAGUUUCAAGAGUUUGAGGAGGCUACAGACUUACUGUCUGCCGACCCUGGAGCCACAACACUCAGUGUGUCCAACCCCAGCACAGCGCCUGCCACGGGGGAGGUAAAACUGGACCUGUCAGAGGACGAGGAGGGCCAGGAGGAAAAUUCAGAGCUGUUGGGAGGAGAGAAGCAGACUGGGGGCUUCUGGACUUUUGAAUACUACCAGUCAUUCUUCAAUGUGGACACAAUGCAGGUGCUGGACAGGAUCAAAGGAUCGGUGAUACCCCUGCCAGGGCGAAACUUUGUCAAGCACCACAUCCGCAACACCCCUGACUUGUAUGGGCCCUUCUGGAUCUGUGCCACCCUGGUGUUCUCAGUGGCCAUCAGCGGGAACCUUUCCACAUUCCUGAGUCAGAUGGGUGACCCUCAGUACCACUACAGACCUCAGUUCCACAAGGUAACGAUAGCAGCGGUGGUGGUGUUCCUGUACGCGUGGCUCGUGCCUCUGUGCUUGUGGGGAUUUCUGAUGUGGCGGAAGGGAACGGAGAGGCAGACCGGCGGCUACACCUUCCUGGAGACCGUGUGCGUGUACGGCUACUCCCUCUUCGUCUACAUCCCCACUUCGGUGCUGUGGAUCAUUCCCUUCGAGUGGCUCCGGUGGCUCUUGAUUGUGGUCGCCAUGGUGAUCUCUGGCUCCUUGCUGGUCCUAACGUUCUGGCCAACCGUCCGCGACGACACCAACCUGACCAAGUUUGCCACCGUGAUCACCAUUGUCGUGUUGCACGCCUUGCUUGCCAUUGGAUGUAAGAUGUACUUCUUCCAGACGCCUGUACAAACGCCUGCUCCAACACUAGCCCCUCCUUCUUCCAACCACACGGCCCUCCAGACCAGCGCUGCCAAGCCCCACUGACCAAGAGACACUGAUGGAGGGAGGGAUCCAGGGGAGGAGUGGCGGGGGCGGCGGUGAUGGGGAUUUGGGGCUUUACAUCAGAGAUGAUGAUUACUUUGCUAAUUCUGCACAUGUAUAUUGCAAUAAAUCAGAUUUAUAUUCCGGUUAACACUGAAGGAAAGCGUUGACUGCGGAAUGUUUGUAUAUACAGGACUGAAGCAGCAACAGCUUAAGGGAGGAAGGACACGCCUCAGGCCUAUUCUCUAUCAGUCCUGGGGAACAUUUUGAGAGGUUUUAAUUUUAGUAACUUUUCUUGCCUAAUGUUUACACGAAGCCGGUUAAGUGUGACCUAUUAAAUGUGAAAAUAAUUGUAAUUAUUUAUUUACUCCUUAUAUAGUUAUUUUCCCUCAUUUUGUGUGUAUAUGUUGCGCCCCCCCCCCAUAAACAAACCCUUCAGUUAGGCAGAGUCUGUCCGACCUGAUUCCUUGCGAGUCGAGCAUGGCUGUGUUGAGUGUCCGUGAAGAGGACUCCAUCCAGUGGUCCCACAGCCCUCUUUCAGUUAGGAGGACUACAGAUACAAUCGGGCGUGAAACAAAAGAACCCGCGCAAGGCGCCAAGUCUCGUAACCUCUGGCUGCGGCUGCUUCGACAGCACCUACGGACAGCCCGAGAUGAGGACGCAAAGUUUGCUCCGGAAAACGACCGGGAAUGAAAGUAUUACAAAAAAAUGUCUUUUGAUCCAUGUGAGAAGCAGCACUGUGCUCAGCCUAUUGUUUCUGAGCGCUUCAUCUCCCUGCUAACUUGACUGCGGUUUCCUACUCCAGUUUGUACUGCAUUUGUGUCUAGUACUUAAAAAGGUUUGGUCUGAUCUUUUCUGAGAACAAUAAAUGAUUUGAAUGACGA